AUGCCUCGACCGGGGAAGAACUCAUACAGUGACCAGAAGCCACCAUAUUCCUAUAUUUCUUUGACUGCCAUGGCCAUCCAGAGCUCCACUGAGAAAAUGCUACCUCUUAGUGACAUCUAUAAGUUCAUCAUGGACAGGUUCCCAUACUACAGAGAAAAUACCCAGAGGUGGCAGAAUUCUCUGAGACACAACCUAUCCUUCAACGACUGCUUUAUCAAGAUCCCAAGAAGACCUGAUCAGCCAGGAAAGGGGAGCUUCUGGGCUCUGCACCCUGACUGUGGAGACAUGUUUGAAAAUGGAAGCUUCCUAAGGAGGAGAAAGAGAUUUAAGGUGCACAGGGCAGAACAGUUAGCUUCUAAAAAUCACCAAAUGAUUCAUUAUUUCCAUCAGCCACACAACCAAACCAAACUGGGUCAUCCAACUUCUGAUGGCCCGGCAGGAGCUGGAAUUGGAAGACUCCCCCACUUCCAGCCAUACAAUCAGUCCUCCGGAUUUAAGCAUCCAUUUGCAAUAGAGAACAUUAUUGGCAGAGAUUAUAAGGGGGUGAUGAGUAGUGGUCUACCUUUAGCGUCUAUGAUGCAUCACCUGGGAUAUCCUGUACCCAGUCAACUUAGCAACAUGGUUAGCUCCAUGUGGCCACAUGUUGGCAUGAUGGACUCUAUGACAAGCAUGGCAAUGACACAAGAGUAUGGACAUUUCGGGGUACCCAUGAAAACAAUAUGUCAUGCCCCUACUCAGACAAUUCCAGCAGUGCCUGUGCCUAUUAAGCCAACAGCGUCGCUCCCAUUGGUAUCUGCUCUCCCAAAUCUGACUGUGAAUCCCUCUAGUAUGUGCUCCCCAACUGCUGCUGUGGCGCCCCCACUGCUGGAGCCAUCACCGGGCAGUCACUCAGACUGCAAGACUGCUAUGCUGCAUUCUGUACUGGCCCACUCAUAG